AUGGCAAGCCUGCGAGGGGGCUUUCGUGCUCUUUCAUGGGCGAAUCAGCUAUUAUCUCACCAACGCCCAUCGUGGAAAUGUGCUUCUUGCAAGAUCGCUCCACCGGCAACCGCCCGGUCUCUCCGUCGAUUUGCGACCACCUCCGAAGACGCUUCUAAGCCUUACUAUGUCACAACGCCUAUUUUCUAUGUCAAUGCUGCUCCCCAUGUCGGUCACUUAUAUACCAUGGUCCUUGCGGACGUCCUGAAACGAUGGCGGACACUUAUCGGCGACCGCGACGCGCAGUUGUUGACUGGAACAGACGAGCACGGGAUGAAGAUCCAGCAAGCUGCAAACGCCGCGGGGAUAGAUACACAGGCCUUUUGCGACAGGAAUUGCCAGACCUUCAAAGACUUGGCUGAAGCCGCUGAAGUGGAUUAUAACUACUUCAUUCGGACGACGGAACCUGCGCAUAAAGAGGCUGUCCAGUACUUCUGGGAAAUGCUACAACAUCGAGGCUAUAUUUACACAUCGAAGCACGAAGGAUGGUACUCUGUCAGCGACGAGACGUUCUACCCCCAGUCACAGGUCCACCUGUCGUUAGACCCGGCCACGGGGCGGAAGAGAAUGGUCUCUAUCGAGACAGGAAAAGAAGUCGAGUGGUCCUCCGAAACAAACUAUCACUUCCGUUUGUCUGCGUUCACGGACCGCCUGUUGAAAUUGUACCAGACCACCGACUUCAUCCAGCCGACACAAUAUAACGAGCUCGUGGUCAAGUCGGUUUCGUCCGGGCUGUCGGACCUCUCUAUCUCACGACCGGUCGAACGCUUGACUUGGGGCAUUCCUGUUCCAAAUGACAACUCGCAGACAAUCUAUGUUUGGUUGGAUGCGCUUGUCAAUUACCUGACGAAAGCAGGAUAUCCUUUCCCGCCCGGUGAGGGAAGCCGUCUUGGGUGGCCUGCAGAUGUCCAUGUUGUGGGCAAGGACAUAGUCAGGUUCCACUGUGUCUACUGGCCAGCGUUUCUCAUGGCCCUGGAUCUUCCCCUACCUCGCAAUGUUCUUGUUCAUGGUCACUGGACGAUGAAUAAGGAGAAAAUGUCAAAGUCGACCGGUAACGUGGUCAAUCCCUUCUUCGCGAUCGAUCGGUUCGGAGUCGACAUUAUGCGCUUUUUCUUGACUCACCGCGGUGGCCUUGAAUCAGACUCUGACUACGACAACUCAUAUAUCAUUCGCGACUACAAGAAGCACCUCCAAACGGGAAUUGGCAACGUCGUUCACCGCACGAUUGGCUGUGCAAAGGGCAAACUGCGGGAGUACAUCGUCAAUGCCACAUCCGGUAAUUCCUCCGCAAGCGCCCGCGAUCAGGCCGAUCAGGCCCGCGAUCAGGCAUACGAGGAUACCCUCAAAAACCUCGCCCGCAAUGUAACCAGCAAGAUGGUGAGACUUGAUCCACGUGCGGCAAUCUCGGAGCUCGUGAGGGUAAUUGCUGAGACCAACAAGUAUUUCCACCACUCGGCGCCAUGGGAGAACCCGGAGGAGAAACAACGAGUGCUGUUCAAUGUCGCCGAGUCAAUGCGUAUCACGGGCAUCUUACUACAGCCUUUUAUGCCGAACAAAGCUAAGGAGCUCCUUGACAUGCUCCAAGUCGACCUGUCAAAGCGUGGUAUCUCUUCUGCCAUUUACGCGGGCGACCCGGAUUACGGCGAGGACGUCAAGGCAAAGAUCCUCUUCCCCCCUCUUAUAGUCGAGGAAUAA